ACCCGCGGGGAGCGGCCGAGGCGGGGGAGCGCCCUCCCGGGAGAACAUGGAGGGCCCCUCGGGUUCGGCGCAGGGCAGCGAGUGGCCGCUGCUCACCGUCACGCACGAGCUGAGGAACGCAAAUUUGACAGGCCAUGCAGAGAAAGUUGGCAUUGAGAACUUUGAACUAUUGAAAGUCCUUGGAACUGGGGCAUAUGGAAAAGUGUUCCUAGUAAGGAAAGUAAGCGGCCACGAUGCUGGAAAGCUGUAUGCCAUGAAAGUACUGAAGAAAGCAACAAUAGUUCAAAAAGCCAAGACAACUGAGCACACAAGGACAGAACGACAAGUAUUGGAACACAUUAGGCAGUCACCAUUUUUGGUCACGUUGCAUUAUGCCUUCCAGACAGAUACAAAGCUUCAUCUCAUUUUGGACUAUAUAAAUGGAGGAGAACUGUUCACUCAUCUUUCACAAAGAGAGAGAUUCUCAGAAAAUGAGGUGCAAAUUUACAUUGGGGAAAUUGUUUUGGCACUUGAACAUCUACACAAGUUGGGAAUUAUAUAUCGCGAUAUAAAACUUGAGAAUAUUCUCCUGGAUUCUGAUGGCCACGUGGUGCUGACAGACUUUGGUCUGAGUAAGGAGUUUCUUACUGAUGAGAAUGAGAGAGCAUAUUCUUUCUGUGGAACAAUAGAGUACAUGGCUCCAGAUAUUGUAAGAGGAGGAGAUACAGGACAUGAUAAGGCUGUCGAUUGGUGGAGUGUUGGUGUUCUUAUGUACGAAUUGCUAACUGGAGCAUCACCCUUUACAGUUGAUGGAGAGAAGAAUUCUCAAGCUGAGAUUUCUAGGAGAAUAUUAAAAAGUGAGCCACCUUACCCACAAGAAAUGAGUGCACUGUCAAAGGAUAUCAUUCAGCGCCUUUUGAUGAAAGACCCCAAGAAGAGACUAGGUUGUGGUCCAACUGAUGCUGAUGAAAUCAAACAGCAUCCCUUUUUCCAGAAUAUAAAUUGGGAUGAUUUAGCUGCCAAAAAAGUGCCAGCUCCAUUUAAACCAGUAAUCAGAGAUGAGUUGGAUGUCAGUAACUUUGCAGAAGAGUUUACAGAAAUGGACCCAACAUAUUCUCCUGCAGCAACCCCUCAGACUUCAGAAAAAAUAUUUCAGGGCUAUUCUUUCGUUGCACCUUCUAUUUUGUUUAAACGCAAUGCAGCUACAGUAGAUCCUGUUCAGUUUUAUGUGGGGGAUGAGCGGCCUGGAACUACAACUAUUGCCAGAAGUGCUAUGAUGAAGGACUCUCCAUUUUUUCAACAUUAUGAACUGGAUCUGAAAGAGAAACCAUUGGGAGAAGGAAGUUUUUCCAUUUGUCGAAAGUGCUUACACAAGAAAACUAGCCAGGAGUAUGCAGUAAAAAUAAUUAGCAAAAGGAUGGAAGCGAACACCCAGAGAGAAAUAACAGCUCUGAAACUCUGCGAAGGACACCCCAACGUAGUGAAGUUGCAUGAAGUUUAUCAUGACCAGCUUCACACUUUUCUAGUAAUGGAAUUACUGAAAGGAGGAGAAUUGCUUGAACGUAUUCAGAAGAAGCAGCAUUUCAGUGAGACAGAAGCCAGUCAUAUAAUGCGCAGACUUGUUUCAGCAGUGAGCCACAUGCAUGAUGUAGGAGUAGUCCAUAGAGAUCUGAAACCUGAGAAUUUGUUGUUUACAGAUGAAACUGAUAAUUCAGAAAUAAAAAUCAUUGAUUUUGGCUUUGCUCGUUUAAAACCACCUGACAAUCAGCCUCUUAAGACUCCAUGUUUUACUCUGCAUUAUGCUGCCCCAGAGCUCUUUAAUCACAAUGGUUAUGAUGAAUCCUGUGAUCUCUGGAGUUUGGGAGUCAUUCUGUAUACGAUGUUAUCAGGACAGGUACCAUUUCAAUCUCAAGACAAAAGUUUAACAUGUACGAGUGCAUUGGAAAUUAUGAAAAAAAUUAAAAAGGGAGAAUUUUCCUUUGAAGGGGAAGCUUGGAAAAAUGUUUCUGAAGAGGCCAAGGAGUUAAUUCAAGGACUUCUGACAGUGGAUCCAAACAAAAGAAUUAAGAUGUCCAGUCUGAGAUACAACGAAUGGCUUCAGGAUGGCAGCCAGCUGUCAUCUAACCCUCUAAUGACUCCUGAUAACUUGGGUUCUUCAGGUGCUGCAGUGCAUACAUAUGUCAAAGCCACUUUUCAUGCCUUUAACAAGUACAAAAGGGAAGGAUUUUGUCUCCAGAAUGUUGACAAGGCACCUCUUGCAAAGAGAAGGAAAAUGAAAAAGACGAGUACAAGCACAGAGACACGUAGCAGCUCCAGUGAAAGUUCACAUUCUUCUUCCUCUCAUUCUCAUGGUAAAACUACACCUACAAAGACACUGCAGCCAACAAACCCCACAGACAGCAAUAACCCAGAAACUAUCUUCCAGUUCUCUGACUGAAAAGCAGAGAAUAUUUUGUCUUGAAGAUUUGCGUGGUUAUAAACUGGGCAGUACCGUUGUCUUCUCCUACCCUUCCUCCCUGUGGCUUACAGGGUACAGAAAUAUGUCCGCUGCUUUAAUAAUGUAUUUCAGUCAUACCUUUUUAGCUUCAUAUUUCAAUACAUUUCUUUUUAGCAUUAAGUUUGGUAUCACUGGAUAUGGUAUAAUACUACUUUACAACCAACAUUAUAUUCACUUGGGAUAAAUUACUAGUCUGCAGUCAAGCUCCUCAUAGUAAGGAGCUAUUCUGCCCUUGGUACAGCUUGGAGGAAAGCUGUUUCUCAGCAUCAGAAUCUUCCUCCCAGUUUCCUCUCCGCUAUUAAAAGAAAGGAAAGCUCUGUAAAACAUAGAACUCUUGAAUCUUCUGCUUAUGUCCAGCUAUGUGAAGAAUCUCAUAGCAUUUGAUUCUUCCUGUACAUAAGGAAUGAUUGGUACAAUCCACCAAAGAAGUGAAGUACGCAAAGGCCUCUUAAAUUUGUGGUUACAUUCUAUGCCAUUUAUUUGAAUUUUAAGAACAAAAUGAAGUGUUACGCAACUCUUAGGUUGCUUUAAAAAGUCGCUCCACAUAUCUUGUUUUAAACAAUUGAGAAUAUGUCUUAGAUUUUUUUUAUUUAUUUAAUUUUUUAGAAAACAUCUAGAGUAAAAGAUGUCUGAUAAGGUGACGUGUCUAGUACUGUGAUACAGUAAUUUUUAUUUCUACUUUUUGAAGUUAAUAACUUUUAAAAUGUUUUACAGAUUCUAAAACAUGAUAUUACAGAAAGUGAAAUUUCAUAUUGAAUGUUUGAAAAAUGGUCACGCGUUAAAAUAUCUAUUUCAAGAAUUAACUAUAAUUUAUAUUUUCUUUUUAUAUUUACACAAGAACUUUAAAAUACUGAGAUUUUUUUAAAGAUGCAAAAACUCCAGUUUCAGCAUUUGUUAUUAUAGGGUCCAUACAAAUAUAUACCGAGUUAUUUGAAUUUUGCAUUGUGCAAAUACAUCAGUAUAAUAGUGACUGUAAAAUAUUAGAAUAUAUGUUUUCUUCUUUGCACUUUAUAACAUCAAAAUGAGAUGUUUUAUAAUAAAGUGCACUCAGAUUUCUCUUCCUUACAAGGUGCUGAGCACUGUUUUAUUGGAUUGAGUGACCUGAAAUCCACGUUAUGUGGUGGUUGUGGUCAUUGUGAAGGAGAAUUCUGUACUUUGCAGGCGUGAAUCCCUGUAUAUUAUCCGCUGUUUCCAUUCCUUACUUAAAACUGCAAAACUCUUUCUAUUCUGCUUUUACAUUGUAUAUAACAAAUACUAGACCUGGGCACCUUGUGUGUAGUGUAGAUGUUAACAACUUAUGCACUGGGAAUACUAAAGGGAAAUUAUAUUGAACACUGUGCUUCACAACUUAUUCACUGUGGUGUUCUACAGUGAAGUAUUUCCUACUGUGAUAGUAUAGUAUGUACAUAACUGUUUGGAAUCAUAAAUGUGACUUACAGAAACAUCAGCAUAAACUUUUAAAUCAGCAUAUUUUAUAAAUUUAUGGAGAGCUCUUUUACUGCUCGUAUUCUCCAUGUCUAGAGACAACUCCAGUUUUGCAAAUGCUUAGGUGUGUAAGUUUCCACUAAAGUCAGAGCAAGUCAUUGUGUAAAGUCAAUUAAACGCCUAAAUUUCUGUGAUAGUAGAAUAAUUGACGUGAGGAAUUUGUUAACAGCUUAUUCUACUCUCGAGCAAACUUAAUCCAAACCCUAUGCAAAAAAAAAAAAAAAAGAUAUAGGAAUUGUUUAUAUCAGUGGUUUUAUUUAUAGAAUUACAUCAGAUAUCAGUAUUGACAAAUACAAUACAUCCAUGUUUACAGGGAUUGUGUGUAUCAAAACAAGGCUUUGAAGCCCAACUUGUUUGUUCUGUGUUUCUUUAAUAUUAAUAAUGGCAUUCUGAGGUUUUGGAAUUGCUCAUGUGAAAUAGUUUACUACUUUCUUGAUGUGAAUGUCAACAGUAAUUGCAGCAUUAAUUUCAGGUUGAUGUGAAUAUUGAGAUUUGCACUGUUUAUGUAGAGGUAGAAUAUUUAAAGAUCAGUAUAUGUGCUAAUAACACAACCGAUUUUAAGUGGCUGAUGUUAAAAUAUUGAAAAAUAAUUGUCAAUGUAAUAUAUUCUGAUUUGCUUUCUGAAUGCUCUCUUUGGAAGUGAUCUCAAUAGUGAAAAUGGCUCAUUUGUAAAAGAAUACUUUCCCUCUCCCCAAUAAACUUGCUGUAAAUACAAAAAUAACAAUCCACAAUUAAUACUUAUUGUGUAGACAGUACAAGUAAAUUGAGGGAGGGAGGUUGUUCUUAAAUUUUAUACCUUAAGGAGUUCUUGGAAUUUAUUGUCUUCAUAGUGAGGAAAACAAAAAAGCAAUUUUGGGUUUGCUUUCUUUCAAGAGUAACAAAAAAUCUUUUGGAUACCAAACAUUGUGACCCUUGUGAAAUAACUUUUUUAAAGUUAGAAGCAUCAUACAUUUGUUUCUCUCUUGGGAAAUUUAAGCUGAUGCCUGACAAACUGAUGAAACGAGAAAAAGAAGAUUCAUACAAGAAACUCUAUGCUGCAGAUGAUGGCUGCGUUGUCUGGUGUUGGUUUUUUGGUUUUUUUUUUCACACAGGUUUUGUGAGAUUGUUGUGAAUCUGAAAUUAUUAGAGUAGAUCACUUGCAUCAAAUACAACUUUUACUCGAUAAUAUUUCUCUUUCUUCUUUGUGCUCUAACAGUAGUUAUUUAAUAAAAAAUUAACAACAGGAUGUUUUUUUGGUCUGGGUAAGUACUCUUAGCUGUUGAUUUGCAUUUGCUUUGAACCGGUUACCUGGGAUAGCUGACAUAUUAUCACCUCUGACUUUCUACUGCCUCCAGGUAACAGAUCUCUUGUAUUGGACACUAAGCUGCUUGGGUUUAUAGAUAGGCAUCUUUAUAUAAGCAACUUCUGUUUACACUGAUAAAACUGGAUUUGCAAUCUAGGCAGCUCAAGAGUGGGUUCACUUUUUGUUCCGAUGCAGGAGGCUAUUUACUCAUGGCAGAAAGAUGUUCUGUCUCAGCUUCAUCUGUUGCCCAGCCUGGCACUCAAGGUGUAUGAUAAACAUGGACCAAAUUUUUAAUACUCAUACCACUAUUUCAAAUCUGAAAUAUACAAGCUAAUCUUGAUUAUUACUUAAAGUACUUGUUAUUGCCAUCUUAAAGAGGUGUUAGACUGUAAAUUGUUUAUACUCAAAUUUCAUUUACGGUGCUGCUAUGAGUCAAACAACCUUAAUGUCUAGUAAUGAUCUUUCUUUACUAUUAUCGUAUGUGACACAGUGGGCAAUGUCGUGGGCAGAUUUCUUUGAAAGAUCAAAUUUUUUAUCAGUAAAGAUGUUUAUAUUAAUCUUAAAUGUACUAGCUACUAUGUUGGUAAAGCUAUUUCUUUGUAAUAUUUCUUGAAAUGCAGAUAUUAAUGAUGAUAAAGGUUUUAGAGGAAUACAAAAAAGGUAAUAUCUUUACUGUUCCUCUGACUUAGUGAAGUUUCUACCCUUUUCAUAAGGAAAAGCAAGUGAAAUGUUUGUUUCUUAGUAGAAUGAUCUGUGCAUUUGGCAUUUGUAUUGUUUACUGCUACAGAAAAUAUCUUGAUUAAAAUACUGUAUUACAGUUUUGAGAGAGCAAAAAAAUACAGUAUUGCAUCAGAAUGAUUCGAAACUUGUGAGUUGGCAUUGCUGAUGUAUGUAUUUUCUCUGUGCUUUUCCAUGGCUACUUUUUGGAGCAAAAUAACGAUACCUGCACAGCCAUGUUCCCCAGUGCUCAUCCAGGAGCAGAAUGCUGUCUUGGUUAAAAAAAAAUAAAAAACAAUCAUGUGACUCUCUCAUACGUUUUGUUAGUUCUGAUGAAGUGUUGUAGAAGUCUGUUACGUUUUCAGUAUGCGCAUGUAUUAUGUGCGUGUGUGUGUAGAUUCAUGCUGUAUUGCACAAGUCUAGGCCUCCAUUGAAAGUAAUGGGCCUUUUUUAAGAGAACCUUUACUUAACUUUACUUACUGUGUGAAUUCUUGACUCAUACAGAUUCAGAGGAGCAGACAAGGUGGCUGCUGCAGAAGAGGAAGAAGGUUAAGGGAAAUCAAUAAUGAGAAGCUUCAGGUGACUUUUUUUUUUUUGUUAUUCAUUAGGUAUAAUUCCAGGUAUUUUUAUAACAAGUCUUGCUGUUUUCAUUCUUUUUCCCCAUAUACAACAGUCUUUCACUACACUGAAUUUUACAUUGCAGAACAUUGCAUUUCCUUUCUUCAGGAAAUAGCAUGCUUCUGCUGUAGAAGUGUCUUAUCUUUUACCUGUCAGAAAUGCUCCUGAGUUAGCUCCUUUGACCCACAGGGCACUGGAGUAUGUAAAAAUAAUAAUGCAGAGCUGUUGGCUAGCUCUUGCUCACUCUCUGUCAUUUUUAUGUAUCACUUUUUCAAUACAUACUGGGAGUUCAGUGCACCUAUAUAGGAAAGAAGAUCUAGGAAUCAGGAUGAUUCCAGUGCUGUGUACUAGGACAGAAAGUAGUCAUGUUCUUAAUCACUUAAACCAGUGGGAGCAGUCUUGUCUGUUGUGCCUGGAUGCAGCAAGAGCAGAGAAAUGUAGGACACCUGGAAUUACGUGAAUUUGAAUAAAACACUUUUUUUUUUAUGGUAUUCAUGUUCUUUUUGGUGGAAAGGAAAAUUCCAAAUUUCUUGGGAGUCAAUGGUUAGUGAGAUGGGAUGGUACAGACUGGUUUGGCAGCCUCCUGUCACCCCCAGGGCUGCUUCUGAUCCUUCUGGCCCCCAGCUCUGGUCUUUUCCAGGUAUAGGUGUUAUCACCUCUCAGCCAGUCUGUGUUCUAUCAACUUAACUGAGACAUCUUGGCAAAUGGAUAAUAAAAGGGAUUGAUUAAUUCUGAAGUAGCAAUGAAACACUGCAAAACUUAAUACGUUGCUACAUUUUUUGAAAGCUAAUAUUCUGUUGAAAUGUAGAAAGGAGUCCCUGCUAUUUGCACGUGUUGGCAACUAAUCUGGCUGUAUCAAAAAAUAAAAUUAAAAAAAAAAAAUCCUACAGAGGUAUGCUAACUUCUUUUGAAACGCUAAUAAUAAAGCCAAGAAAAGCAGAGCUCUUCAAUUGCUUAGGAGCAGUUCAAAAACCUGUCAUGGACGAAAUUACAAGCUGAUUGCAAGCUUGCUACAUUUUUCUCAAUACAAACAUAAUUUUACUCUUGUCAACAAACAAAACUUCAUCAAAUCUUAAAAUUGGGAUCUCAUUUAUGUUUGUUUGAUUUUCUUUUUUUUUUUUUUGGUGGUGUUAUUCUUUUAAAAUGCAUAAUUCUCUUGGUAUGAGUGUGACAGAAGACUUAUUUUCAUGAGGAAGAGGAAAAUCUAAGGUUUUGGGAUAAGGCCUUGUGAACAAACAAAAGAAUUCUACUGGGAAAGGUAAUCCCUGUUCUUAGCUGGUUUAGUUUUACAUAGGUAUACAUUACUUAUAUUUGCUGAUCAUAACAAAAUCUACCUUAGUACCUUUCGUAUCAGUUAUGAGUGUAAUUUUGUGUUUGACACUUUUCAGGUAAGCGAAAGUAUCUUUCAUGUAUAAAGCAGUUGUUGUAAUUAUGGCAAAGUGAGAAGAAUGGAGGAAAAAACAGUCUGCAGACUGUGAUGCGAAAAAAGGACAGUGCUGAAGGUUUGCUCCAAGUGAUGUUUACAAGUGACAUGGGAAUCAGAGUACCAGUGUAUGGUCUGAAGGAAUGUACUCAUAAUUAAGUCUUUAUCCUAUUUUCUUUUGAAAUGAAUGUAUUGUGAGGAAGAGAAACUAAAUUAAUUCACAUAAGUAGUGAGUACCUCAAAGCUUUUCUCUCGUGUCUCCUUAGUGAUUUCUCCUUCUUUGAAUAUGUAGCUCAGCUAUACAUAAUAGUUACUCUCUUGAAGCUAUGCAUACUUGAGGGAACAAGAUUCCACUGUAAGUUCAUUGUACAGUGAUCGUGUAAAUCAGAACUCAAGGUGCUAUAUCCCUGCUGCUGUAAAGGUCAAGUGUUAAUACUGUUCCGUAUAGUAUAUGCUGCUACAUCAGGCCACUUGGUUUGAUUUGUCAGACUGGAAGGAAAACUUCAGGUCUGUUUUAAGAGAACACCGAAGUGAGACAGAACAAGCCUUUAAUCGUAACUUACAUCUGUAUUGCAAAUGUGAAUAAUAAAAGUUUGGCUUUGGCUUUCAACCUUGGCAGUCUAAUCAUUGAGGUGCUAGUGCAGCAAAUUUUGUUGCUUCCAGAUGUCAUAGGAUCGCCAAGGUUGGAAAAGACCUCUGAGAUCAUCCAGUCCUUAUUGCACUUAUCUCUUUCACUUGUAGAGAAGAGAAUCUGCAAUAUUGUUUUUUAUUAGUCUUUUACCAGAAUCCCAGUAGAAUAGAUCCUCCAUAAUUUCUACCUUUACCUUUGAAGUUGUAGAUGCAGGAAUACAUUAGUGAGGAAUUCUGACAGCUAGUUACAAAGGAGCAGGCUGUGUUAAUUUGCACUAAGUGGAACAGGACGUGCUGUUUCUUGUUUCAGUGUGGGCAGGGAGGGAGAAGAGGCAAAGAAAUGCAAGGAAGGAGUAUUGAGCUCAUAAUUUACAGGACAUUCUGAUUUCACAGAACUGUUUUUGAAGAAUGUACCCAAGAUCUUUCCAAACUUAAAUUCUUUGAGGAAAAGAAUACUUACCUAUCAACAUUUUUCUUGGAGGGGAAUGGUGCCAUUUUCAAGCUUCUGAGGCACCAAUACAUGCAUAUCCAGUCUUGAUUUCCUUAACUCAUUUUAUGCCAUUUUUCAACAGAUUAGAAUGAAGUGCUUAUCUCUAAAAUUCUUGGUCAUGUCAACAAAAUGCAAAACUUUGCAGCAGAAUUUUACCAAAAAGGAAGCUGAAGAAUUUUAAUAAUUUAUUUUACCCAGCUUUGGGAUAUUCAGGAAAUGAAAUGAGGAUUUGUUUGGGUUUUUUUUGGCUUUUUUUUUUUUUUUUUUGAAUGUGGUCAAAACUAGCAGAGGUGUUGAUCAUUCUGUGAGUGCAAUAAUGGAAGAAAUACAAGCUGUUUGCUAGAAGACUUCUCAGAAGUCAUCAGAUUUCUGCAGAUCCAGGUGCCGGCUGAAUGCUCUUGUCUCUAGAGCUGUUAAAGUCUAACCAGGCUGAUGCAGAGGAUGGUAAGCUCAGCCUGUUGUCCUGCCUGUCAGAAUCAUUGGCUUAUGAAAAUCAAUUGGUGGAGCUUCUCCCUUAAGAUGCACUUCCCUUUAUGUGCCAGUCUUACCUACCACCAAGGAAUGAACAGCAGCUUUUAGUGGAUCAGGUCCUUUGUCUGUGUUAGAAUGAUAACCCGUAGUAUACAUUUUGAUCUUCAGUCACUCCAUUUUCUUCUCCAGGUCAUGGUGUUCAGACAUAGGAGAACAGUUUUUUGUUGCCUUAAAUUGUGUCAGCAGCCACUGUGGUGGCGUCAAAGUUAGUGCAAGGCAAUUUAAAGAAGUACAUCAUGUCAUUAUGAACAAUUCAACCUUAGUUUCCCUUCGGAGACGUUCUUCGAACUGUGCACAGCAUAAAGCAGCAGUACAGGUAUUCUCCUGGAUAGCUGGUGGUCUUGCAUGCCUGUUGUUCCACUGACUCUUAAAGUCAUGCUGGUAAAAGUCAUGCUUUUUUAACUUUUUGUGAAAAAGAGUUAAAAAUUAAACUGAGCACAUGAAUUUUAUGCACAUGGUACGUGCAUGAAUCCAGCUCUGUAGGUAGUAACCUAAGAUGUCUACUGUUAGCUACCUUAUGCACUACUUCUAUGGCAGGAGGGAGAAGUAUCCGAACAACUUUCUAGAAUAGACUGAUAGCAUUUGUAAUAGCUCAGACUAUCCAAUCUCUAGCACUGUCAGGAGCUUGGAGGAAAAAAAAAAGUAUGAAUAUGCCUAUGGUGUUAUGCUAUCAGUAUAUUUAAAAACAACAGAAAGCAAAACACACACUCUUCCAGGAUACAUGUGGGCUAAGUAUGUUAUGCAGUUUGGGGUUUUUUAAGGGAGCAAAAAAUACUCAUUACCCUGUUCUAUUCUUUUCAUGAACUUCCUGUUUAUGUUAACCCUUUUAAUUCAAUUUCUUCUGGUCUUUCUAGCUUAAGAUGCACUGAUCAAUGAAUAUUUUUCUUCAAGCAACUGUUACAUUUGCUAAAUGGAAUGAAGAAUUUUAGAAGUCCAAAAAGAACAAUUUUAAAAGUACAAAAAAAAAAAUCAUUUACCUUAUAAUGAGUGACAACCUAAAAGGAUAGGCUCAAAUAACACCUUCGUACCUGAAGUAUGCUGGAGUCAGAUUUGGCUGGCUGAUUUGACUUCUACACUUUGAAGUAGGGUUGAGUUGGAAGCAGAAGCAAUAGAUAUUUGCUGUGUCCUAUGGAUGUGAAACUUAAGGUGUUUUUUUUUUAAGAACCUGUACUUUGACCCAACUGAAGUGCUGAAAGGUUGAAAACUGGCAGUUGUUCCCUAGAAACUUCAUUCAUUAAUUGUCUUUGUGAUCUGAAGAUAGAAAGUUAAAGCCCACAGAAUGCGUAGUUCGUAUCUUUCACUAAUGAACUGUAGUCACAGUAACGCUUUUUAUGCUUGCUUUUAUCAAUCUGUCUAAUAUAUUCUGUUCCCAUGUGCACCGAUAGGUAGAAUGAUGUCCAGGGCAAUGGAGCAGACUCACAAUUACCCAUUCUCUGGCUUCACACAAAGGCUAGACCUUUCAGAGACUUCUUUGAUCAUGUUAACAUCUGUUAGUGUAUAUUAAAUAAGCUAUGCAUCAGUCCUGAUCAUUCCCUGACAAGAUUCAGUGCAACUUCUUGUAGGAAGGAGCUACUACAUAAUGCAGUACACGAAAAGGGAAAAUUGUGAUAUCUGGGGAAUCUCAGAAGAUGCGGGCAAAAUUUGGCUUUCUGCUAAAAAUUACAAGCGUUAAGCAAUAAAAAUGUGAAAGGUUGAGUAGGCUGAGAUAUAUGUUGCAGUGUGUGAAGCUGACUGAAUAUAGCUAGAACAUAGGAAAUGCCCUGCUGAGUCAAACUACUGAGAUCAGAAAUGCAUGCAGCACCCAAGCUAUGGAUGUGCCACAGUUUGCAGAACUGCAGCAGAAUGAUGUCCACUGCUUUGCUCUCAGUACCCUUCUGGUGUUGACAGGCAUUUUGUAGGCUGCCAGUGCACAAUGCACCAGUGAUUUCGGGGAGCUGCUUAUGAUCUUAUUUGUGAUACACUGUGUAGAAAAGGUUGUCAAAAGUAAAUUCUUUUGUUGAGCAAAUAGCUUGUAUUUCACCAAUUCAUGUUAUUUUAAAGGCAUACAGUCCUGUUUUGGAGACACGAAGUUGAAGAAUCCACCACCUCUUUGAUAUUUAACCAAACAGUUAAAUCUCCCGAAAGCUUUAAAAACAGGUCUAUAUUUUUACAUACAUUUCUUUGUCACAAGUCUCCAAAUUUGAGUUCUCAUUCUCUCUGUUAAUCUAUUUGUAAGUGCUAUAUCAUAUAUACGUGAAGUUUUAGUUCCAAAAGCUAAUAGCAGUAUUUUGGUGGUUCUGCCAGUUGCUACAGUCAGAGGUAGACUGACUGGCCAGGUCUCCUAACUGCAAUGCAGAAAGGGCAGCCAGCACUUACUGAGUCCACAUAUUGCCAGCUCCUGCGUCCCUACCCAUCUGAAGUAUAGGUCUCUUGGAAUUUGCCCAGCUGAUUCUAGAAAGUCUCCUCCUCUCUCUGCAAAGAUCCUUGCCUUUGGAAAAUCAUGAUGUGAGUAAGCAUGGGUGUCAUUUUCCAGGUUUUUCCCCCUAGGGUCAUGUCAGGCUGCGUCUUACUGCUCUUCUGUCUUCCUUUUGUGUGACUCCAGCCUUCUCGUGGGCUGUCACUGGCAUUCCCCAAGCUAAUCAGAGGGAUGUGAUGAGACUGAAGGUGACAAUCCUUUGUUUUAGGACUACUAUGUACAAAACUUUAAGACUUCCCUCCAGUUAUUAACAUUAAUGGGGGGAAAAAAAAGCCAAAGCGAUUUGCUCCAGUUUUCUUCUUUUCAAACACAGAAUAAUAUUUGCUGAGAACACACCACGUUUGUCCUUCCUGUACCAAUGAACAAGUGAGGCUGCUGGCAUUUUGCCAUGGUUUCAUCCCCAGAAGCUGUUAAUCCGCGUGGAUUCCUCUGAUGUAUUUAGUUUUCCAUACCCACUUGUUGUAAUGCUCACAGCACGGAGCAUUCUCCAUGUACGUUUUACACUUAAGCUACUGCUUCGGUAACUCAGAAAUUAUAUGUGGUUUUUAACUCCCUCUAGUGGUGUAACGCUGCAGUUUGCAAGUUGUUUACCUGCUAAUGCAGUAGCAAAGACUGAGUUUGAAUGCAGUCUGACACUAGAUCCUUAACGUUUAACUGUCGUUGUUUUUCCAGAUGUAUUUAAAUAGCAAUGUGGAAAAUAAUGAUACUUAUUAAUAAUAUGCAUAUUUUUUAUUACUUGUGAAUAGCUGGGACACACUGCAAAACGAAUUACCAGAAAUUCAAAGCUUUUCUUCCAUGUAAUAAUAACAUACGUUUAAAAGGGUUGAAUUUAGGAACUGAAGAAAGGCUGUAAAGCCAACUGCUGCACUAUGCUUGCUACAUCAGUAAUGCUAAUGCCAAAAGCACAUGAUCUUCGUCUUCGCUUAAAGUGGGUGCAGAAGCGCCAUUUGAAACACCAAUUAUAUGAAGACAGUCAUUCCUGUAGAGAUGGAAAUUGAUCUUGGAACAAAACCUAAGUGUGAUUUGAGCCAGUAAUGUAAUGAAAUCGAGCAACUUCACAGUAAUACUAAUGAGCUGCUCCUUUGGCUUUCCUAGCUGAAGAGAUUUUAUUCAGAUUCACAAAGAGCUUCAUGUUUACUGAAAUACAGUCUCCCAGUUCCCUAGGAUGUAAUAUGUAUCUUACUUUUACUUCAAUAAAUAGCUUAAGGUACAAGGUGUAUAUUCUGUGCUGGAUGGAACCAAAUUAACUGAAAAGCAGUGAGAUAACAGAAGUUUAACAAGGUUAGCUUUUUUUUCUAAAACCACAUUUAUUUCAUUCAAUGUACUUCUAUUCUGGCCACUUCUUGCAUAAAUGAGUCAAAAGAAUAGGAAAACAUCUUUACGUUUAAACCCAUGUUUAGAGCUUACCUGGCCUUUCCCUGAACUUGGAAGUGGCUAAAGCAUGCCUCUUAAAUCCUUAGACCUUUCAAGAAGGCUGGAAAGUUUCGUAUUGGCACAAUAGAUGUGAGAAAAAGCUAACUUUGUUCCCAUUUUGCUUCAUGUUAGUCACUAAGUGUUUAGAAUAGCAACUUUACUGGCAGUGUAGUGGUGUAACCCUAAUAAUACAUUUGUGGAACAAGUAAUUAAACUUGGAUAGAGAUGCAUCUAUUAAGCCUUGCAAUAGUGAAGUACUUUUUUCUUUUUUUUUUUUUAAGCCAUGUUUCUCAUGGUUCUUUGUGUGAAUUUAUGUUUGUGAUGCAGAGGAUAUUUUAUAACAAAUGUUAUGACAGGUUUAAAAUACAGUAAGAACCAUUUGUCUAAACAGUGCGAUUUUUAAAAUGCAGUGCUUAUUAAAUUAUAUUGUUGCCCUCUCAUUGCAAGUGCUGAUUCCCAUUUAGUAUGAAUGGCUGUGGAAAGGAGAUGUUCUGGAGUCUGACUUCUUAUCUUUUGUAGCACUAAUUAGUCGUUAAGCUUCAGAUUCAGCCUAUCAGUGCCAAUGACUGCUGCACUGUUUUUCAUUACAUACUAAAAAUAAGAAUCAACUGAUUUCAUAUAAUUGUGAAAAAUAAAUAUAUCUGAUUGUUAAGGCAUGCUUUCCUUUUCAGGUAUCAAUUAUAUACAAUAUAUCAAAUAUAUAAUUGAAAAAUGCAUUAUGUAAGAAAUCUGAAAGCAAUGAGCUAUGAAAUCAAAAGUUAUUGUGGAGUGGGAAAAAACGUGUCCUGGAUUUCUGGGUUUUCCUGAAUCUGUGUAUGAAUUUAACUUUCAAACAGCAUUAAGGGCUUUAUGGUUUACAAACUUAUGUACAUUCACAGAUGUAAUUAUUUUAUCUUUAAGAAAAUAAACUCAUAUAAAAAGCCUUGAAAUGUUGGAAUAUUUUGUUACAGCAUAUUUCAGUUUGUAUAUGUGACUGCAUUCCUUGCUGUGAUGCGUAGUGGAAGGCAAGUUGCAUGUGGUCAUGGACAUAGUCAAACUGUUGGUUUUGAGGAUGCUGUUAAUUCUUACUUUAGUAACCUUUAAAUUGCAGUUUGAUACUCCCAAAAAGGAACCAGGUGUCACUAUGAAAUAUUUUCUCUGACAGUUUUCGUAUGGACUUUACUAAAUUUCAUAGAGAUGACUGGCUGCAGUAGGCAUGGAGAACUGCAGUUAGCAUAACACUAUUAGUGAAACUAGGUAGCUGGAGAAAAAAAUGGCACUUUAUACUUGAGAAAAUGGUAUCUAAAUAGCAGUUGAAUUAGUUUUCUUUAAAAUACAAGUAACAUUUGAAUUGUACUCCGAUAACUUGCAAUACAAUAUGUUCAUUAUCUUAACAAAUUACUAUGUUAAUGUGGAGUGAAAAAUAAGAUGUUGGUGAAAUAAAGAUUUGUGUUGAGGAAAA